UGUGGCGCCGCACCGUGGCCGAGGCAUGCCUCUUGGGUGUUCCUGUCGUGUGGAUGUACAUAAUUCUGGACCAACGAACAUUGCAUGAAGGCUCCCCAUUGCUGCAGUCCUUGUAUCUCGCGAUCGCUGUUAUGUCAGUCCUCGUUCUUGGCGGAGCUAUCCUCACUAUUGCACCAUGUCGCCUACCGCGCAGUGUCAAGCAACACUCGAGAGCGGAGGCAGAUUCAGGCAUCCUGAUUGGUGUUGCCAUCGUGCCCAUUGUGAUAUGCAGCCGCUUACUCAUCGACGUCUCAGCUGGCACACAGUCAGAGCGCUCAUUCACAUAGAGUACGCGAUCGUGCAUGUAUGGUUAUCGUUAGUUCUCGGGAUGUCGUCCUUGUUGCGUGUGCUUUUUAUGACGCCGUGGUCCAUCGCCACUGCAGCUGUCGAGAGCGUGAUUCUCCAUGGGAUGUGCCUCAUCAUUCAAGCGCCAGCAGGCAUGUUCGUCGUGCACGUCCAUGCUGCAUUGCAUCUGUACAACGUCCUGUUAUACCACGGACUCGUGGCGGUCUCCCGGUCAUUUACGUAUGGCGAAGCCAUGGUGGUCUCUCAAGGAAUGACAUUUCUUAUCAUGGAUGCAAUCUUGUACACAUUGCAGCAGGGAGGAGCACUGCACCAAGCGGAGCCGUACGCUAUCCCUCCACGUGACGGCAUUGCAAUUGUCCUGCAAAUUGGUCUGAUUGUGAGUGUCCUCUUGCUUCCGCUGCUCUGUGUGCCUCUCUUCCAUGUCUAUGGCACAUCCACUCCACGAAUCGUGCGACCGACGCUUCCGCCGUCGCCAACCGCCCUCUUCGUCGGACUUGUUGGUUUUGUCGCGGUGGUAUUUACCGCGUGGACGUCGCUCCUUCUCGACACAACUCUAUGGACUUGGGUCGUCGAUGUAUUCCUUGUGCCGUCGAAGGUCGGAGUCGCAGCGUACUGGGCCACGACACUUGUGGCCGUCGUUCCGCUGUGUCCGAUCUUGGCCAGGCGAUGGAGCUUGCGUCAAAUCGUAGCCCGCAAGUUGUACCACUUUGUCGUCGUGCUGCUGUUUUUGCCCGUGACGUUUGUCGACGUGGACAUGCUUCGUUUGAGCUAUGGCGUCGCUGUCGGGGUGUUCAUCGUAGUCGAAUGCAUCCGUGCGCUCGCCGCCCCUCCCUUCGGACGCUCUAUUGCGUUGUACAUGCGAAUGUACUUGGACCACCGCGACGACGGCCGGUUGAUUCUGAGCCACACAUAUUUGUUGCUGGGCUGUGCCCUGCCCUUAUGGAUCUUGUACCCCACAUCGUCCACAACCAACCUUGACGAGUCAACGAGCAUGGCGUCGGCCGCUCUGAUUUCUAACGCGGGGGUGUUGGCUCUGGGCAUCGGCGACGCCAUGGUGCCCGUCUUCUUCGGAAUUCAUCUCUCACGAUGUAUUGCGUCUAGGGUGCGACCAUCGGAUCGAUGUGGGGCGCCACCAAAGUCGUCGGUAACAAGUCGCUGGAAGGCAGCGUGGCCGUAUUUGUUUCGAUGGGCGCCGCCUCACUAGUGUGUCACUCGUACCAUGUGGACUUGUUUCUUUACGGCCGCUACGCUCCCGUCAUUCAGUGGCUGGGAGCGACCCUCGUCACCGCCAUGCUCGAGGCCGUGACGUGUCAAAUCGACAACCUCGUCCUGCCUCUCUACUACUGCGCGACCUUGUGCCUGACUGCGUGUUCGCUGUAUCCAUGACCCACACGGCUUCUUUCACCAAAUUGUAUCCACUGUGUCCGGCGGCGCUGGGUAGGCCAUGGCAUGCAACGCGUCAAAGGAUCCAAGUCCGGCCGUCGAGUCGCUUUCCACGACGGCUAGCGCAUUGGAAACUUAUCGAGUGUGUGGGGUGCCACUCAAACUGAUGAAGACAUGAUUAACUUAACGCACGAGCGACUUCAAGCUGUUUUCGAACGCGUCGAGGGAGUGGCCCAAGAUUUCGAGUGACGUCGCGUACGACAGACGCACGGCCUUUUCAAUGCCAAAGGACGACCCAGGCACAAUCGCGCAGUGGAACGAUCCGAGCAAGUAGGUCGUGAACGCUUCGUCCGUGUCGAUGGCAACGCCGGCAGGAGUUUUGAACCCCGUCCCGAUGUAGUGCGGGAGCUCGAUGAAGACGUAGAACGCGCCCGUGGGGUACGCAUACUGGACAUGCGGCAUCGAGUUCAGGCGGCCGCAUACGUACUUGCGCUUUUCAUCCAUAUUGGCCAGGGUACCAGCAAUGAGCGGCGUCGGCGACGCUUCCUCGAGUUCCAGCGCGGCGAUCGCGGCAAUUUGACCGAUCGAGCUCGGGCACGACGUGAUUUGACUUUGGAUCUUGGACGCGGCGGCCGUGAAUUCCUUGGGGGCGGCCAUGUACCCGAUGCGGAGACCCGUCAUCGCGUGGCUCUUGGAGAACCCGUUGAUGAUCAACGUGCGGUGGCGCAUGUUCGGUAGCGACGCGACGCUGAUGUGACGGCGCGUGGGGGUGCCGUCGUCCUGGAACACAAGCUGCUCGUAGAUUUCAUCCGCCAGCACCAACACGUUCGGGAAUUCCUGCAGCACUUCAGCGAUUUCAGCGAGGAGCUCGGGGCCGUGGAGGACACCGGCGGGGUUGCUCGGGUUACACAGAAUGAGGACACGGGUCGUAGGGUGCGCCAGCAGCGACGCGCGAAGAACGGCCGGCUCGAUCAGGUACGAGUUGGCCAGCGUCGUGGGAAGCGUCACGGGGACGGCGCCGGCAAGCUUGGCCAUGUCGGGGUAGCUCACCCAGUACGGCGCCGGGAUGAGCACCUUGUCACCCGGUGUGCAUGCCACGAGCAGCGCCUGGAACACGCUCUGCUUGGCGCCGCUCGAAACGAGGAUUUCAGACGCGGCGUCGUACUUGACGCCCUUGGAGCGCUCCAAGUAGCGCGCAAUGCCUCGGCGAAGCGCAAUCAUACCAGGCACCUCCGUGUACUUGACGAAGCCAUCGGCGAGGGCUUGUUGCGCCUUGGUGAUAAUCGCGGCGUGCGGGUUAAAGUCGGGUUCACCCACGCACAGCGAGUACACAGUUUCCCCUUGAGCUUCCAGUUGCUUGGUGAGCCCGUGGAUUUGGUUGGUCUUGGACGGCGCGAGCUUGUUCAGGAGAGGGUUCAAGCCCUUGGCAGGGGCAGCAGGACGCGCCGGCACGGUGAUCGAGCCGACAAGCGCACCAUCCAGCGGGUAGGUGCCCAAGACUAGGACGUCCAUAGCGUCGAGGGCCUUCAGUGCCGACACGGCCGCCGUGACCGCCGCAGACGUGCCCGUGACAUCCGCGUAGAAAACGUACUUGUACUUGUCGCCCGUCACACCAGCGUUCAGCACUUGGUUGGCGACCGGGCCGAAAGGACGAGAUUCCAACUUGGUCAGAUGAAGUGCCGAGAACGAGGCGAGUGCGCGAGGCAAGGCGGCAGCGCCGCCCGCGGACGCGAACGCGAUGGUGGACUUGACGGUGCCCGUGAGUGUGGCUGCCGGCGACGGGGACAACAGCAAGAAGCGAGUGUAGUUGUUGGAUUCGUCUUCGAUGCUGCUGUCGAGGACUACAAGGCCGUAGAGGGACGCCGCGAGGUCGCUUGCGAUGGCAGCGGUGGUCUUCCAGUCGGGGUGUGCCGCAAGAAGCUUGGCGGAUCCGGCCGUGUCUUCUUCGUCGCGGGGUACCGCGCCAAGGUUGCGAAUGUAACGAUCGCAUUGCGCGAGGGCUUGGGGGUGCGAGAUAACAGUUUUGAUCGCGUCCUUGGUCGAGCCAGGCAGCCCGAGCAAGUGGUGGUUCACACGAAGGUGGGUUUCCGCGACAAUGUGGAGCUUGUAGCGCAAGAUCAAGUCGUAGUUGACAUGGAUGGUGCCGCCCAGCGUGUUUUCGAUGGGCACGAGGGCGUAGUCGGCAGCGCCAGAUUGGACAGCAACGACGGCGCUUUCAAACGAAGCGUGGCCGAUGGUGGUGGCGGCGUUCGCGCCAAGCAGCUGAUGGACUGCCUUCUCCGAGUACGCGCCAGGGACGCCUUGGUACGCGAGCUUGAGGGCCAUGGCUUGUACUUGGGUGGCUUUUGGAUUAUGGGGCCUGAUCCACAUCGAUGGAUGGAUCCGCCCCUUGUGUCAC